UAAUGGCGGCAAUCAGCGACUUAUAGUGGAACUGUGGUGGGCAUGCUGACACUGGGUUGAACUGACAUCCCCAGUGACACCAAUACAGUGAUCAGUGCUAAUAAAAAGCACUGACACUAUACUAAUGGCACUGGGCAGGAAGGGGUUAACAUUUGGGGCGAUCAAAGGGUUAACUGUGUGCUGUGUGUGUUUUACUAAGUGUACUGUGUUUCACUGUAAGCACACUGCUUUGUAUGGCUGUGCUAUGCAGAGCCAUACAAAAAAGUGUUCAGGAGCUGACAGGGGAGAGAUUUGUGGUGUUUAUACACAGGUCUCUCCCCUGUCGGAGAUACUUGUCGAUCACCGGGUGUCGGCGAGAAAU